CCGCCAGCUGGAACAUACAACUCAACAAAAGAGGAUUGGAUUCUCUGCAGCCACCGUGUAACUACAUACCUAACCACCACGAGGGUAGGGAGCUCUUUGAAGUGGUUAUUAUCCCGUCAUGGCACCAUCCAAUAACGAUGAAAAUCGUCCUUCCAAUGGACAGCAUGCGCCCACUCAGAGAAAUGAUGCCAGGCCGAAGCAGCCUGAAGACAAUCCGUUCAUAGCAUUUCGCCGCUACGCUGAUGAGCAUAUAUCGUCCCUUCUACAGUCAAUCACUGGACUUCCCUCACUUAUAUUUCCACCAUCCUCGAGGGAUUGGUUAAUAUUCAAUGAUGAGGAGUUGAACCAGCUGAUGAGAAACUGGCGGCGCGUCGCGGACGAGGAAUUGAACAAGUCAAACAACCGCGAUUCCCACGGAUCCAACCGCUUCACUGACCUAGGAAACAAUGAAAGCCGCGAAGACCGGUCAAUUCAAGGCCAUGCCGAUCCCUGGGGGGUUAGAGCCCAUCGAUAUUCUAGCCAUGCAUUCCCGUGCUCUGUUUUCGACGCCAUUUUCGAUAGCCACCUGCCUUUCGCUCCGUCUCCAUUCUUUUCUGAAACCUCCCCUCUCCGAAACCCAUUUUUCUUCGAUAUAAUGUCCCCCGCUAUCUCUGCCGGCUGGCCUAUGUCUUAUAUCUUACUCUCACCAUAUUCUCCCUUACAUUUAGAGCGCCAGCAGCAUCAGCCCAGUCGCAAGGCAAGUGACCACGGUUUGGUAUUUUGGGCUUCGUCCCUACUUCCCACCCACCCCGACGACCAUACUACAGAGCCACACUGGCGCGAUGCCUUCGAGGACUUACUGCGCAUUGAAAAUGGUAAGGAAAUGCUUGACAGAAGCGCUAUGGUUCAGAACAAAGAGGAAUCGGGAAAGGAUUGGCUGGCUGGAAUGAUAAAGAGGGGAAGCCUUGGUUCUAGCUGGAAGCAUGUUCAUGGAGAGGGUGGACGGCCCGAUUACUUUAAAUACAGUCACGAAGAUCGCUCCUCGUCGACAAAGGUUCUCCAACCAGAUCUCGAACAAAGGGAUGAAGAGAACGGAGGCAAUGAUAAGGGAUUCACCGAGCUUGAUCUUUACGAUGAGUUUCUCCACGAUGUCAGUCACGACGACGACCGUACCCGACAGAGUCCCCUUCUAAGCAUCAUCGUGAAGAUGAGGGAAAGACAGAGGAAAGAACUAGAAGAACUACGAAGACUGUGGGAAGAUACAGAUCGUACCGACGGUAUGGGUAAUAUGAAGGAGCUCUACGACACUGAAACCGAAUUAGAUCACUAUGAGCGCCAGUUCUCUGGUACUUCGCAGACUCCCCCGGCUAAUCCAGAGACCGAAUCAAAUUCCUCGACCAUCGUAUCUACCGUUACAACCACGCAACGUCGUAUGCUACCGGAUGGCACGGUUAAAACGAAAACAGUGAUAAAUAAACGAUUUGCGGACGGUCGAGAGGAAAGCGUCGAGACCGAGGAAAUCUCAAACAGAGAGCAGUCGUACCAGAAACAUCCCGACGCAAGCAAAGGCAGCGAUACCGGAAAUACUUCGAACACAGAAGCCAAUAGUCCUUCAGAUAAGCACAAGCGAAGUGGCUGGUUUUGGAGAGAUUAAUUCCUUAAUUCGCCCUGUCCUUCUCGUACAGCAACAGUCUCCUUUCCUUCUACGAACCUAUUAUACUCAUCUCACCUCCUAAUUCUCAUGGUUUGAACUUAUUUCCGUGUAUGGCUGACGGAUAUUCUGGUCUCUACUCUCUUUUGCUUUUACAAAGCCAUCGUCUUUUUUUUAAGAAGAAAAAAAAUUGGUUUCUGGUGCCGGCGUCGCGAACUACUCCCAAUGACCAGGUCAUGACUUCAUAAUUUAUGUACAUAGAACUUUGCAUCUAA